AUGAAAGUCAACUGUCAUACAUGGUUGUUGUUGUCAAUUGUGUUGUUACUGUUUGUGGCUGUUGAUGGACAAGAACAAAAACAAGCUAGUGUUAAAUACAUUAUCAAGACUAUUGGUCCAAUUUCUACACCAGAUAUUGGAAUGUAUGGAAUUUCCUUAUACAACAACGAACUAAUCGUUUCUGAUGGUUUAAACCGUACUAUUCGAAUCUUUUCAUUGGAAAGUGAAAGUUUUUCUCCUAACAAGAUUGGAAACAACACUUCAAUAUACACUCCUGAUGGUAAUCAGAACACUAUUUGUAUGUCAACUGUGGCUGACUCGAGUAUUUUCAAUGACACCCUCUUUUACGUUGACAGAAUACAUAGAAUUGUCAGAAAACUUUCUCUUCGUGAUUGGCCGAAUAGUUUCGUCUCCACAGUUGCUGGAAACUAUUCUGAUUUCUCCUUGUCUUCCUUCACUGAAAAUGGAUCUGCUUUUAGUGCUCUGAAAGGUCCAAAUUCAAUCUUUGCAAUUUCAGAGAAUGAAUUUUACCUGAUAGACAAGUCGAGAGUUAGAUUAGUCAAGAAUGGAAUAAUUUCAUUAAUAGCAGGAAGUGAUUUGGAUUCUUCGUAUUCUGGAGAGGGUGUUCUAGCUACUAGUGCUAUUCUUCAGUCUCCUUUUGAUAUUUUUGUUAGGAAUGGAAAGAUUUUCCUAUCAGAUACGAAAGGUGUUAGAGUGAUAAACGAAACUGGAUAUAUUUCAACACUAGCAUUCACUGGUUCCCCAAUUGGAGGUGGUGCUUUAUUCGUUACCAAGGACGAAACUGUCUUUGUAACAGAAACAUAUAAGGGAAGAAUUUUCAGAAUUGACAAGAAUGGAACUCUUACAAUGAUUGCUGGAAAUAGCACAACUUCAUAUGAAAACACUGAUGCUCUGGAUAGUUCAGUGAGUGAUGCAAGAGGUUUAGUAUUUAAUGAGACAAGUGGUGUAAUUUAUAUUUCAGAAUUUUUGAAAAAGAGAAUUAGAUCACUAACUCCAUCAUGUGAAAGUGGUUAUUAUUUGAAUGAGUUCAAAACAAUGUGUGUUACAAAUUGGUGUUUUGGAAUUGAGAGUACUAACAGUAGCAGUGUUUGCUCAGGAAGGGGUGAAUGCAUUGAAAUGAACAAGUGUCAAUGUCAACCAGGUUUUUAUGGAAAUAAUUGUGGCUCGAUUGGUUGUUUUGGAAUUGCUGCAAAUGAUAAUAGAGUUUGUUCAGGAAAUGGUAUUUGUGCUUCUUCAAAUAAUUGUACUUGUUCACCUGGAUAUACUGGACCUAAUUGUUUCAUUCCAAUUUGUUUUGGAGUUUCGGCUAAUUCACCGAAUGUUUGUUCUGGAAAUGGCAAUUGUCUACAACCUGACUUUUGUACUUGUACUGGAGGAUAUUUAGGUAUAGAUUGUUCACUUUUAGUGGAAAGAUCACUGAAUGCUAUUGGAAUUCCACAAGUACUUGUGAAUGGUGUGAAAAACAAUGUUGAUUUCAAUAUUGUGAGCGUUGAAUUGAGAACUAGUUCAGAUUUGAAAUUAACAAGGGAUGAGUGUGCUACUGCAAAUUGUACCAUUUCAUUGAAAUAUUCAUUCAUGUUUGGUUCUGAAGUUAUUUCAGCAGAUGAAAAUGUUAUUGGAAUCUUGACGAAACCAAAAAACAACGCCAACUUAUUCACAUUGACCUUCAAUCCCAUCAUUUCCAUCAAAAUCCAACCAACCAUCCAAUCCUCUGGAAAUCUCACCUUCACACUCCUUAUUAAGCCAAUUAAGGAUCAAAUCAUCGCCAUUUCACAACAAGUAAUUCUCGUCGCACCACCAAUUCGAAAUCCAAUGGCAAUUGUUAAUAUUCAACCAUUGUCAGGUGUUGCACUGAAAACAAGUUUUAUUAUUGAGGAAGUUGUAGGUGCUUGGAAUUUUACAGAUUCGAAUGCGAGUCGAUUGUUUCUUUCUCCUCUCAAAUUUGCUUUUGGAUUUAAAUUUAAGAAUUCAAUGAUUAGAAUUUCAGAAUUUUUGACAAGUGGAAGAGAUUCUGUGUAUCUUCCCUAUUUGAAUGAAACAAGUUUGGCUACAAGUCAAAGUUUGGAAUUGUUUGUAAUUUGUUUGGAUGCGUUGGGGACUGAAUAUUCUCAAUCGAUUAGUUCAGUUUCGAUUAGUGCAAAUUUGGACGAUUCUUCAGAAGUUUUGAAAGCAAGAAUGGGUAGUAUUGCAACUGUAUUUCCAUAUGAUACAAGUUUAAAAUUGAGAAAGGAAGUAACUAGUUCAGUACUUGUAGAGUCUGUCAAUAAGAUGACAAUUGACAUUUCCAAUCCGUCCACUGCUUUGGAAAAUCUGAAACAAAUUACUUUAUCAGCUUCUUCCAAUGAGGUUGCUACAGCAAUUAAUGACAAAUUAGGAAAUUAUUUGAAUCAAGUUAAUGAAAUUUACAAAAAAGAAAAGGAAACUCUUGGCUACGUUACAAAGCAAAGAAUUUCAGAUUCUGAUUUACAAACAACCUUGACAAGUGCAAGUAAUUUACUUUCUUUUGGUUUCUCAAAUGUUUCGAAUACUUGUACUCAAUUGACAUCUGUUCUAUUAUUGCAGCAAUCGGUCAAAUUAUUAUCCGAAUCUAUUAUUUCCACAGUUUAUUCAUCAGAUUUGAUUAAUGUAACAGUUUCAACAUUUAUUAAGAAUUCUAACAGCACUAAAUUAGAAAAAUUCUCCGACAUUAGUUUAGAUUCGGAUUACAUUCUAACAAAAUACGAUGGCUACAAUAAGGAAGUUGGAUUAUCACUCAUAACCUAUACUAAUCCUCUAUUUACUUCAAAUCAAACUCAAUUGACCAACUCUAAAGAUUUCACUCUUUAUUUAGGAGGUAAAACAUUACCACUUUCAGAAUUGACUCAACCAAUUUCAAUUAACUUUACAAUAUUGAAUCAAACAAUCAAUUCUCUCAAUUCAUCUCAAAUCACUUGUAAAUUCUGGAAUGAAACAACUUUACAAUGGGAUUCCAGCGGCUGCUCGCUUUCCACUUUACAAUCAAACGGAGAUUUAAUUUGUAAAUGUACGCACACCACACUCUUCGCUGCCUUUAUCGAAAACUCCCUUAAUAACACCGCAACUGAUUCAUUAAGGGCUGCCGAACAAUUAUCCGAAUUGUACAUUGCACAAAUUUCAUUUGGUGUUUUAUUUUUCAUCUUGUCGAGUUCAAUUCUCGUUGCCUUGAUUGUGAUGCGAAAAUCUCAACCAUUGGCGAGUCGAUUUGUAACUCCGUUUAUUGGAAUGUUUGCAUUGGUGGUGGAAAGUGGACUAUUUCUGAUAGUUCAGAGGAGUAUUUUGUUGGAUACUACUAGAAAUGGGUUGAUAUUAUCAUUGAAGAGUGAGGGAUUGACAGAGUCGACGGUGAUUCAAUUGGAAAAUGGUAAUUUGGCAUCGAAUAUUGUUUCGAAUGUUAUUACAAUUAUUGUAAACACUUUGACUUUGACAGCAAUGUUUUCAUACUUGUAUCAGACAUCAAGAUUUCACAUUCUCAAAUAUUUCUAUCAUAGAUUAUCCAUUAAAUUCUCAUUGAACCAAAAUGAUAGAACUAGUCAAUUGUACCAAAAGGGAGACAAAAUUUUGAGAGUGAUUAGAAUUUUCCUCUCCACAAGAGCAAUGAUUUCCAUCAUGGGAAUCUUUAUGACCGUGAACCUAAUGUAUUGGACGUUGUGGGUAAUUCUUGUGAGAACGAGUGUCAUUACAGGAAUCGAAUAUUCUUACAUUGUUUCAAUUUCGUUUACAAUUAUGAUUUUAUCAUUGGGAUUUCUUAUAUGUGCAUUGAUUUUGUUAGAUGUGAUCAUGUCACUUUUGAAUUCUAGAAAUGAAUCUGAAAUGCUUGUGGAUAGUAAUGAAAAAUCAACAAGUAAUUUAUCAAAUAGUUCACUUUCGUUUAACAAGGAAGCUUUACAAAAGUUUGAUAAGGAAACUGCCAAGAAAAUGGCAAAAGUUCCAAUCAAGAGAGCUUAUGAUUGGUUCAUUCAACUCGAUACUCCAUUAUACUUUAGAGUGGAAAUGAUUUUAUUUAUUGUUUGCUUUACAUUUUUGGUAAUUUCACAAAUUAUUGGAUUGUCAGGUUUGAGUUACAAGAGAGGUGAUGUAAAUUCAAGAGUGAACGAUUCAAUUUCAUUGCUAUUUGAAAUAUUGUACUUGUUUAGUUACUUGUUGGUAUUUGGAGGAUUUGCACUUAUUGUGAGAUUAGUUCAUUUCAUCAAACAAAAGAAUUUUAGAAACCAAUCGAGUAAUGAAGAAAAGGAUGAAUUGGAACAAUUACUAUCGAAUAGAGAAGGUCUGAAACUAUUCGAAUCAUUCUGUAAAAAGGAAUAUUCAUUAGAAAACUUGCAUUUAUAUUUGGAACUGAAACAACUCCAAGAGUUAAUCAAAGCAAAUGACAGAAUUGACUCUGUGAAUUCAUUGAUUGAAGAAUUAUUUACCAAUUAUAUUGAAAGUGGCUCCAUUAAGGAAGUUAACAUUCCAUCCGAAACUAGAAACGAAUUCAAACAAAUGAGAAAAUCACUUAGUGAAUUGGUCAACUCUGCCAAGAACAAUCAAGAAAUGAAAUCAAAGAAUGAAAAGGAAAUACCAGAAGCAUUCCAUGAAAAAUUGCAACAAUCAAUCAGCUCACUACAAGAUCAGAUUAUUAUCAACUUGAAUGAUACCUUUUCCAGAUUUACUACAACAGAUGAGUUUGUUUUUUAUGAAAAUUCUGGUAAAACCAGAGAAAAUUUGUUGAAUGAUUCGAAAUUGAUUUAA